GUGUGUGUGAGUGAAAAUCUGAAGCGUUCUCUUGUCUUCCUUCACAGAUCUAACAGGGAAAGCCUUCAGUUUUCCAUAUACCGCUACUUUUGGCCGUGUGAACCUGACGUCUGAUCAACACAAUUACCUGAAAGACUUCACCCUCUGCUUCCAGUAUCAAACCAGUGCUGGAUUCACCACUACGUUCUUCAGUCUCCACCCCGCUCCCGACUCCUGCAGUUUUAGCAUGAACAGGAACUACGAUCGGCAGUACAAACUCUACGCUUGCGGCAACACUGUGUCCUUCUGCUGCGCUUCGGAGUUUCAGGACUUUCCCGGCUGGGUCCGGAUCUGCGUUACCUGGGACUCUCAUAUGAGGGUGGCUCAGGUGUGGGAGAACGGGAACGGGAGCGUGCGGAAAGGGCUGGACCGACCCAUUUCGGUUCCGGAGCAGGGAUCCCCCAACGUCAUACUGAAUUCCGGGAGCGUCCCGUUCCAAAUCUCGGACCUCAACUUGUGGGAUCGUGAGCUGAUGCCUUGGGAAAUACGCAACCCCGGUGCGGGCAACGUGUUGAGCUGGGAGUCGGCGCGGUACUCUACGAGCGGAGUUACCAUUCUGGAAACUAAGAGAUAGAGCUGAUUACAGUCCGGCUGAGACUCGGCAAAAGCUCGAUUCUUUUUCAAGGCACGGGGGAGUGAACCAACGUAGAUCAAAUUGUAGUUUUUUCGUUUUGUUUUGUUAGUCUGUCAGUUUAAAUUUUCAAUAAAGCUGCAAUUGCACCUAAGGAGAA